UUCAAUAUGGCUGCGCCCAUUGCAAGCAUGACACCGCACGGAUUUACAGUACACAUGUAAAUGAAUGACUGAGCUGUGUAAUACCAACAUUAAAUAUGGGUGUGAUAGAAAUGGCCACAUCCCUGACAGACAAUCCCUACUUCGGUGCUGGAGCAGGGUUGUUUGGACUAGGGUUUGCCACAGCUGUGUUGAGGAAGGGAUCCCAGAUAGGAAUGAUUAUGUUUAGGAGACACUGCAUGAUGAGUAUGGAAGUGCCAAGUAAGGACAAGAGUUAUGAUUGGUUACUGAACUGGAUUACCUUACGAAGCACUCGAACUCAGCACCUCAGCGUAGAAACCACGUUUACUCAGUCUGAGACGGGUCGAAUCAGCACACAUUUUGACUUUGUGCCUAGUCCAGGUGCUCACUUCAUUGUCCACAAAUCAACGUGGAUCCGUGUGGAACGAACUCGAGAAAAGCAAAUGCUUGACAUGCAUAGAGGUGUUCCCUGGGAAUCUGUAACACUGACUGCAUUUGGCCGAGACAGAAGUUUAUUUUUCAAUAUUCUUGAGGAAGCUAAAGUCCUUGCCCUUGAACAAACAGAGGGGAGAACAGUCAUGUAUACAGCUAUGGGUGCUGAAUGGCGUCCGUUUGGCUACCCCAGAAAGAAGCGCCCUCUUGGGUCAGUUGUUUUAGAUAAAAGUGUUUCUGAAAAGAUAUUGACAGAUAUAAGAGAAUUUACCAAUAAUCCUAAAUGGUACAUGGACCGAGGCAUUCCUUACAGACGAGGAUAUCUCCUGUAUGGACCUCCUGGAUGUGGCAAAAGUAGCUACAUAACAGCACUGGCAGGAGAGCUGGACUUCAGUAUAUGUGUGAUGAACCUGAGUGAGCGAGGCAUGUCAGAUGACCGUCUGAAUCAUCUACUGACCACAGCCCCAGAACAAAGCAUUGUCCUCCUAGAGGAUGUAGAUGCUGCCUUCCUAAACAGGGACUUAGCUCAGGAAAAUCCAGUGAUGUACCAGGGUAUGGGCAGACUCACACUCAGUGGACUCCUCAAUGCUAUUGACGGUGUAGCAUCAGCAGAGGCACGGAUCAUCUUCAUGACCACAAACUAUAUUGACAGACUGGAUCCAGCCUUAAUCCGUCCAGGAAGAGUGGAUAUCAAAGAACUCAUUGAUUACAGCACACCCUAUCAAAUGCAGCAGAUGUUUCUCAGAUUUUUUCCUGAUCAGUCUCAAGAAAUGGCAGAAUUGUUUUCACAAACUGUGGAAAGUCACGGAAAGAAAUGUAGUCCUGCUCAGCUACAGGGCUUAUUUCUGCAGACAAAGGACAACCCAGUAAAUGCUCUAGAAAACACACAACUCAUAUGGUCUUCUUGAUUCUAAGAUUUUAUUAGAAGAGUGAUUUGCAAAGGAAACUACAAACAAAUAUUGUCUUCUUGAUUUAUUUUGUUAUUUAAAAUGAUUUGAUAUAUCAAAAUUGAAGUUUGAUGUUAUUUUAUUAUCCAAUACUGAAUUGGAAUAUCCUAGAAUAUGUAGCAGUACAUCAUUUUAGCAUUAUUAAUUACCUGGGUGUGAGGAGGAAAAGCAGAUAUGGUGAUACCGCUAUAUUUUGGUGACAGCUUGAAAGACCAGCUUAAACAUCCUAUUCCAGUCUCUCCAAAUCUUCUGUGGUUGAUGGUGUUGUCACCUACCUGUUUGAAGUGUGUAAAUAUUUGUAUAUUUCAUAUAAGUAUGUCUUAUGUGUAUUGAUUGUACUAUUUGAAUUCCGCACCUAUUCUCGUGCGAAACUUUUUAAAAGUUAUCGUGCAUGGGCAAAGGAUGACGGGUAAGGUAUUCAUAAGCAUAUUAUGAGCUGACAGUGGAACUUCAUGUAUGG